UCCAUGGAGGGCUGGCUGAGAGAAUCUGGGGCCGAGUUGGACGGCUUGGAGCUGGCCCAUUUCCCGGCCAUCGGGCGCGGUGUUAGAACACUGCGGUGUUUCAAGCAAGGAGAGAGGAUUCUCACCAUACCAAGUGGCUGUCUCUGGACAGUCGAGCAUGCAUAUGCUGAUGCCGUACUUGGGCCAGUCCUUCGCUCUGCGCAGCCGCCCUUGUCUGUUGAAGACACCUUGGCCAUAUAUAUUCUCUUUGUCCGAUCGCGCGAGUCAGGAUACGAUGGCCUACGAAGCCAUGUAGCGGCGUUGCCAGCGAGUUACUCGUCAAGCAUCUUCUUUGAGGACGAUGAGCUAGAAGUUUGCGCAGGCAGUUCAUUGUAUACCAUAACGAGGCAACUGGAGCAAAGGAUCGAGGAGGAUUACAGGGGAUUAGUCGUGCGAGUGUUUGGACUGCAUCUGGAUCUCUUCCCUCUGAACAAGUUUACCAUUGAAAAUGUAGGUUACAAGUGGGCUCUCUGCACUGUCUGGAGUCGCGCAAUGGAUUUUGUACUACCCAAUGGAAACCCACUACGGCUUUUGGCACCAUUUGCAGAUAUGGUGAACCACUCGCCUGAAGUUAAGCAGUGUCAUGUCUACGAUGCUUCAUCUGGAAAUCUCUCUAUACUUGCUGGGAAGGACUACGAAGCCGAAGACCAGGUGUUUAUCUACUAUGGGCCUAUGCCAAAUAGUCGCCUUUUACGUCUCUAUGGGUUCGUUAUACCAGAUAAUCCCAACGACAGCUAUGAUCUCGUUCUUUCAACGCACCCUCUGGCACCUUUUUAUGAGCAGAAGCAGAAGCUCUGGGCAUCAGCUGGACUCAAUUCAACCUGUACCAUAUCUCUUACUCUUGACGAUCCUCUACCGAAAAAUGUCCUUCGAUACCUCCGUAUUCAACGAUUGGAUGAAUCAGAUCUCGCGGCCAUAGCGCUUCAGAAAAUCGAUACAAAUGAGAAAAUCAGCGAUUCAAAAGAAGUGGAAAUUUUGCGUUUUCUAGUAGAAUCGAUUGGAAGUCUUCUGGAUAGCUUCGGGACUCGAUUAGAAAAGCUACAAGAACAACUCGCGAAGGGCGUCUAUCCUGUCGGGGGGAACGCAUGGGCGGCGGCGCACGUUAGCCUGGGCGAACAGAAGGUAUUGAGGCUGGCGAGAAAGAGAGCCGAGGAUUUGCUGGCUGCUGUGGAGAGUGAAAGUGGGAAUGACAGGGACGGAUGUGCAAAUUGCGGAAAGGAUUCAGUGCCGCUGAUGCUGUGCGGGAAAUGUAAAGGCAUCAAGUAUUGUGGGCGAACUUGUCAGGUUGCCCAUUACAAAGAGCACAAGGCGGCAUGUCGGGCUACGACUGCUAAGAACUGAGAUGAGAUGAAAUGAAUAUAGAGGCAAGUGUAUGGAGGGAGGCGAUUAAAACAAAGAACUGCGAUAAUGGUU